GAUAGCGGACCAUGGGGAGCAGGGGAAACUUUUUAUACUGACAUGUUAACGCCAUGACUUUUGAGUAACAUCUAACUGGGACGAGGCUCCCGGCGUGAGGAGGACAGGGCCCUUUACGGGAAGAAGAAGAAAAAAAAAAGGAGCACUUGCCAUCUGCUUGGGUACGGGAACGGAAAAAAAGCAAGAUUUGAGACGAGUCCAACAAAAAGAAGCGGUGGAAAUCCAGUUUGGCCAUUUGAAUUGAAAGAUGAGCUUGCUGUCUGCCAUAGACACGAGUGCCUCCGUGUACCAGCCGGCUCAACUUCUCAACUGGGUCUAUCUCUCCUUACAAGACCCCCACCAGACCAGCGCCUUUGACGCGUUCAGACCCGAGCCCAACUCUUCCCACCCGGAUCUCAGUUUCAGCAAGACUCCCGCAGGGGCGGACCUGAGCUCUUCCCUGAACUCCAACUAUCUCAACAACUUCUUUCAGCUGCAGCGAAAUGAGGCCUUAAACAACAACGUGUAUAAGAAUGUGUCUCCCUAUGGCUCCCUGAACAACAUCGUGGACGGACUCAACUCCCUGACGGACCAUUUCUCAGACCUUUCCCUUUCUUCUGAAACACGGAAACCGAACAAAAGACCCCCACCCAACUACUUGUGCCACCUGUGCUUCAACAAGGGCCAUUAUAUCAAAGACUGCCCUCAGGCUAGACCCAAAGGUGAAGGAUUGACACCCUACCAAGGGAAGAAGAGAUGCUUUGGCGAGUACAAGUGCCCUAAGUGUAAGAGGAAGUGGAUGAGUGGCAAUUCCUGGGCUAACAUGGGACAAGAAUGUAUCAAAUGCCACAUCAAUGUCUAUCCACACAAACAGCGGCCUUUAGAGAAGCCAGAUGGCCUGGAUGUGUCUGACCAGAGUAAGGAGCACCCCCAGCACCUGUGUGAGAAAUGUAAAGUCCUGGGUUACUACUGCCGCCGUGUGCAAUAAGUAUUCAUCAUUAUUCAGAGGCAGAGAGGAACUCCUCCAUCCCAAACCCUGUUGUUUAGGCACCAUUGAGACUUUUGGCAUCCUCCCUGCCCAGCUCAUAUCCAGGUUAUCUUCAACACAACAUGGCACCCUUUCUUCUUCACGUCUUCCUCCCAGUGUCUCAAAACCUCUAAUAUAGACAGUAGCUCUAAUCCUCUAUAUUCUCCUGAUGCCUUCCUUCUCUACCACAACAAUUAAUCCCGCUCCCUCGUCUCCGCCACCUGUGGAACAGACUUUAGUCAUUGUUCUGCUUUUUCAGUGACAGUACAUUCAAGAAUAUGUUUGAAGCUGGCCCUCUCUCUUGAAGUGCUCUUCAACAAAGCAACAAAGAAAAGAAAAGAAAGGCCAAAAUCAGUGACUUUUUAUGCCUUGUGUAGCCGAAACCACAUGAUCCCACUACUCAAUACUCAAUGUUUAACAGAAAAUUAUUAUAUUGAUGAUUUAGCACCAGGGAUCUAUUUCGUUGGCAUCACUGACAGUAUUUGUCUCAAUAGAUUACCUCACCUUGGGGUUUGUUGGCUUUGUGUUUACCUGCCAAGCGAAGUGUGUGGAGAUGUGACGAUUUAACCGGGGCCUCUCAUGAUGGCAUAAUGUAUACGAGGCCUUUGAUGUCUUGCCGUAUUAGGGUCAACAGCACAUCUUAUUAACUGUGAAUUAACUGAGGGAUAACGUGCCAUGCAUCCCUAGCUUACAUUUGGCCUAUUUAUUUUCUUGUUGUCUUGUGUGCAAUUUGAAUUUUAACUGGGACAUAAAGAGACAUUUUUGUAUGUUUGUAUAUCACGUUAUUGUGUAACUGCUUCCACGUGUCUUUAGAAACUACUGUAGGUUCAGUCGUAUAAAGCGCUCCUCUGGCUAGAUUUUAGUGCAUUGCUAGUAGAUAACGUUUCAUUUAUCCUAUUACUAUUUUUUGUUGCUGUUCUUGCCACACAAAUUCUUCUCUAUUUGUUAGUGUUGGAUGAAAAAAUAGAUAUUAGAUAGGCAGAAGAAGCUGUGGAGAAAGAACAUUUCAGUAAAAAUAAUGUUGUUAUUCACAUAUUUUCCUCUUUUCAAAACUAUUGAUAAAAUGAACUUCUUGCCACAGUUUGAUUAGCAUUAUUAAACAUGAUUUUAGACCUUGAACUGUUCACAUAAAUCCCGAAUAGAUUUUAACCACAAGCUAGCAAAAUACAAAAGGAGUUGUUUGCUUGAAAAAGAUUCAGAGAGACAUUUUAAUCCACGUUUUAGUGCCAGUUGAUAUCUGGCAGCCUUAGUGGAGUCGGUGAAGCAAGAUGGAAAACUUUCCAAGGGCUUGCACACUUCAGAAACUAUGUCCGACAGCUAAUUGCAGCGUAAAAGAGUGCCUAGAGGGAGGUGAAGCUUUGGAGAACUUUGCUUUUCAGGUUUGUUGAGAGACAGAAUAGAAGAGCUGGUUUGUGAAAUGUUGAUGCUGAAGAUUCAUGGCUGUAUUGAAAUUAAUGGUGAUUGAAGUUUACAUUCACUUUUAUGGGGCCUAAUAUCAGAAACAAUAUCUUUAAAGUGGACCUAUUAUGUUUUUCCUACUUUUUUGUCAUAUAUAUAUAUAUAAAGGGUGUGGAGAUUGGCCAUAUUAAACAUGACUUAAAUUUAAAAUAAAGGCAUCUGUGGAUAUGCAGGUUAUCAGCAGUAAUCACUUUCUACUGCUGUAACCACUCAGGUUCAGGCAGUUUUUUCUUGGCUCCAGUUUAACAUCCAGGCAGAAGUUUAGCAAAGUUAAAAGUUAACAGAAGUUAGCAAGCUAGUUUCCACCUAAAGAUAUGCCAUGUUCUGACUGAAGUAAAAUAAAAAUAACUUUAGAAGUAAACAAAUUUGGAAAACAAAAUAGCAGUGACAUUCAGAGGAUUAGUGAUUGGGCUAGCUGACAAUGCCAAUGAUGUGCUAACUGGUGGCUAGCUAUGGAGCUGUAUUUCCACUAACACAUUUGCAGAGGGAAAAUGUUGGACGAGGGUUAAAUUGUUGUCAAUAAAAGUUCAUGUUGAGGGUUCCCGAUGGCCAGAGACAAAACCAUUAUAUAGUAAGAAGGCCCUGAAAAUGGACCAAAUUUCAGCGAAGAGACCCUCUGAGAUGAGCCCAUUUGCAACAUUAAUAUGUUGCUACAUGGUUUGGAUUACUCACUAUGAAAACCCCUCGAUGCUAAGCCUAAUGUCCACACUGAAACCUUAGCCAGCCCGAGAGUGAUUCUUUUCUGAUGCCUUCAAAUAUUCGGUGUCCGGGACACCACGAGCCCAGUUACACCAUGAGUUUUUAUAAACUUAGCAUAAAACGUGCUCCGUGUAAAUACUUAAACUGAAUCAAAUGGACUCUACUGGAGCGCACAAAUAAAAACUGAGCUGGAAACAAGCAUUAUAGAUCCACUUUAAAGGAAGAGAAAUACCCAUUGCGGUUCCAUAUAUCACUGUGCAGAUGUGAAGCACUACAGAGGAAAUUUUUCUAGUUUUCAUUUAUGGUAAUCUGCUUUUCAAGGAUCCUUGUUAUAGGAAUUGUGAACUAUUUUAUAUGUACUGUAUUUCUAGCCUUACACAAACUGGUUGACAAUAUUUUAUAUUAUAACAUACUGUAUGUGCCUUAAAACGAUUGUGUCAAGGGUAAGAGGCCAUUUGAAGUUUCAAAGACUUGUUGCGAGAGGCUCAGAGGUGGAGUAGGUAUACGUGCAUGUGGUUAACUGUGAUGCAGAGUAAGUUUGUUAUAGGUUCAAGAUGUGACAAAGGACAGAAAAACGAUAAAGCUCCGCUAUUAGCGGUUGAACUGGCAUAGUGGGUGUUCGCUUCAUGUUGGACGCACAGGCUGAAACAGCAUUUCCAGCUGGCAAUAACAAUCUUACUGUGGUCUGUUGUCAUGGAAUAUCAACAGAGAUGUUAUUUUUUAGUCGAUCCUCACAACAGAAUGAAGUUGCAACAAACUGUGGACCUCACUCAUUGUUAUUCUUAUCUGUUAUCAUUGUGUUUUUUCAAGGAAACCACGAGUUUUGUGAAAACACACAUUGUUACUUGCUUUUAGUGAAAAUGGAUGAUAUUGGUGCAUUACACUGUUGGGAAAUUUAACUAAAUUCCAUCUGUUGAGCUAAAAGGGCACUCUAGUGAUUUACUAUUCCAGUUCCACCAGUUGGGAGGCCUUCAGAAGACACUAAAUAAUAGUGCAUGGAGCAGAGGAUGAAAUAUCUUUACUUUUAGUUUGGCUCAAGCUCCAAAAAUGCAUCUGACAUUAUGCAACUCAGUAGCCUUUUUAAGUAAGCUCCAUAGACUGUAUAUAAACAAUGGAUUUCAAAAGCAAUGUCAAUGUUAAGACAUCUUAAACUUACAUUCUCUGUAGUGGCCAAUAGAUGAUGACUUGUGUGGUAAAUGGACUUCCACUCUGAUAGCUGGAGGUUGAUGGCAGUCACUGGGAAAAUAAUUGCUAAAAUUUGAAUCAUGCAGGUCUUCAGACUGGUCAGUGACCCCCUGGCAACCACCUUUCGCUGGGUAAAAAUGUGUAUUUUUUUCAACCGGUUGGCAAAAACCUCCUUGUGUUUACUUUGGUCGCAGCAGAUCAUUGCGGUCACUCUUAGUUUGCGUGGAACAUGCCAACUUGUCUGCAAAAUGCCAGCCAGCUUUCUGAGGGUUAGACACACAAACCGGAAACAGGUAAGGUUUGCCUUCAGAGUAAAAGUUGCAUCUUUGAAUGCAAACAUUCUCAGUUCCCAGUUUGCAUCAUUAGUGAAUGUCUGCAGACAACUUGGCAUCUUCCAUGCAAACUACAGGCGACCGUAGCAAUCUGCUAGCGAUCAAAGUGUUUGCAAGAAAGUUUCUGGAGCAGAGCUCUCUUUGCGACCAACAAGCUCCUGAAACCACUCGGCAGCUAGUCAGGAAUACACAUUUUUCCCUAGUGCCACAUCCAAUAUGGCGGAUGAAGUCACACGAGGAACCUCUGGAACCCCCAGUAAAUAAUUCUCAAGUCUCAAUUGCUACUUUCAAGUCGUAUUUAAUACAGUGAUCAUUUUAAAAAAAAAUAUGAUCCAAGUUAAUAGUAAAACAUAAUAAAUCAGGGCAUGUUUUAGAAUAUGUCCGAUCUAUCCGUCACUAUUGAUGUCUGGUUUCAAAAGAACAAGUUGGUUGAAAUUCAAAAGCAAUUAGGUAGCUAUGUCCAUCUUCUAUAUACAGUCUAUGCUAGAUUCCCCUGCCUGCUAAAUGCUGACAUUAAAAUGCUUCGAUUUGUAAUGCAGGCUUUUUUUUUGUUGUUGUUGAAAAUGUGUGACAUCCCUAUGCCAUCAUCAAGGUUAUCUUCUCAGACUUGACAAUGAUCCUCCACAGCUCCAGAAGAUUUUAUGGUAGCUAAAAGAGAAAUCUGUGGAGUGUCCCUUUGAAGGAGGAACUGAAAGCACUUGUCCAUCUAUAGUAAAGACCCAAUCUGUAUGAAAGGUUCUCCUUAGAGGUCACCACUGUUGGGAACAACCCAUUUUUCUUCUUAUUCAUGUCAUUUUUUUUUGUUGUUCUGUGUGAUGACACUAGGCUAACAGGUCUCUCAGAACCUUAUUAUCUACAUCAGACCAUGUGGCUGUAGUGAAAGGAAUAUAUAUACCAAUGAUGCCUUAUGAACUAACCUCAUAAACAAAUAACAUUAUUAGUUAUUGUGAUUCACGUUAGUGUUGAUAAGUCCUAAUUCCGCCCAGAGACGUGUUAUGAGGAGGCCGUUUAAAAUGGCAAACUCAAGAGCCAAUGGAAGCAGCUGAUACAUAAAAAAAAAAAAGAAUCUCUGCUUUCAGACCUAGUGUCUUGAAUUACAUAUACUUGACUUUUCUAGUACCUUUUCAGUUCAAAAUUGUUAUUUUCUAUGAAUGAGAUGUGUAUUUUGGAACUCUUAAUAGAUGUUGAAAAUUUUAAAGCAAUCUGCAAAAACUCAAGAGUUAUUUCCCUGACAAAGAUCGACUGUUUAUGUAUAUAUUUGAUGGCCAUUGUUUUCAAUGAUAGUAGCUCUUUUGAAGUGUUGAAGCAAUAUCAAAGCUUUUUUUUUUUUUUUUUCUUUUUUUUGUCAUGAAGAAGGGCCUAUUGCUGAGAAAUAAUCAAAGCUGGGAGUUGUUUUUUUUUCUUUAUGUGUUACAAUAAUCUGAAGGGUUAUCCUGCAGAAAUAUUUAUGGAAAGACUUUUUACAACACUUUUUGUAUAGAAUAUGCAACAACGUUACACUAAGAAGGAAAUAUUGAUGUCUACAUAGAAUAUUAUUAAAAGAAAAAAAAAGCUGGUACAUAAUUAAUAACCUUUCUCGAUUAUAAGCCAUUGUAUUUUUGCUUUAUGAUGUUAUCAGUGUUGAAUAACCCAUUAUUCAGUUGCUAUGUGACUAAUUAUGAGCUGCCAUUUACAUCCAUUCAGCCACAUGUAUUCAUUUUGUAAACAAUAUUAUGAAAAUAUAUUGUGUUAACAUGCAGAAGUCUGUUUUUCUUAGUGACGGAUACUCACCACUGUAUAAAUGCAUUAAACUGUGAGAUGUAGUUUGCUUCAAGCAGCGAUGACAAGAAACUAUUAUAAAAUGUUACAUUAGUAGUGUAGGGAGUGUAUACUUCUGUUAAGGAAGCGUGUGUGACAAAGAACUAUUUUAGGGUUUGCAUGUGCAUGUGUUUGGUUUUGAAUGAAAUAUUCUUUUUGUGCAAUGUAUACCUAUUUAAACACCUUACAGUAGUUUGCUAAAGUAAAUAUUGUUUUUAACAUUAUUAGCAACUUCUGAAUGUUAUUAGUCCUCAUUUACCGAAAAAUGUAGCCUCUACAGAUAAUACAUAUUUACUGAAUGUAUUGUGUUAACACUUAAGUGGUCGGGUCAGAGAGUCCCGUUUGUAUUCUUUACUGUCUGUAUCACUUGAGAUGUUUGUCAUGCAGUAUUGCAAUAAUGUAAUAUUUGAUUUGGACAGAACGCAGGCGUGCGGUCGGGAAGACAAUGAUUAUGGGAAGCAAGGACAGUCGUGGCCUCGAGUGUCGACCACAGGUCUGUUUUUCAUGUCCAUGAAACGGCAUUCCAAAAUGUGCCUUAUUUGUUAGUUGGGAAAACAUUUUAGUGCUGUUCAAAGUUUGAUGAAUAAAAGUCGUAUUGAAUUAA